UGCAAACAUGACGCAGGACCUGACCGAGACGGAGAUCGCCGAGUUCCGUGAGAUCUUCAACCUCGUCGACCGCGAUCGUGGCGGGUCCAUCACCAAGGUGGAGCUCGGCGAGCUCAUGGACACUCUCGGCAUCAACACGUCACCGGAAGAGAUCGACCUCAUGAUCAACGAGAUCGACCAAGACAGCAACGGCGAGAUCGACUUUGACGAGUUUGUGGCCGUCAUGAGCCGCAAGGUAAACGCAACGUACAGCGCCGACCAAGUCAAAGCGUCCUUCAAGCUGUUUGAGAACCCGAGCACGCCCGGGUGUAUUCGCGUCGAGCGGCUCCUGAGCGCGCUCACGACGUAUGGCAGCGACAAGAUCUCGGAAGAGCAGGCGCGGGAGCUCAUCUGCCAGCUCGAGCCCGACUCGAACGGGCUCGUCAACUACGAAGAGUACGUCAACAUGAUGAUGACAAAAUGACGCAUCACACAAAAUGGCACGUACUUCCAACCCCAAAGUUUGCUUCAAGGGAAAGGGAAUUCCCAAAAUGUAAAACGUACAGCAGCCUUUGUUGUUCGUACCUGCCGAUACAUAUACAUACGCUGGGAUCGAUUAAUUCACGGAAUUCAAACGACUCGAAAUCAAGAA